ACACUGCCACCAUUAACGCAUCCUCUGUUUUUUUAGGGUUUCAUUCCAUUUUUAUUUUCAAUCUCUCUGCUCCCAAUUUCAUUCUUCAAAUUAACAACCAAGAAAUCAAUCAAACGGAUUAAGUUUUUGAGGUAGAUUCAGCAGAGUAUCAUCUCUUUCACCGACUCCCGCCGGUGUGUAUUGUAUAGGUAUAUAUGAUUAUUUGUUUCUCUAUUAAGAUUAAAUUUAUAUCUCAAGAACCAAAGGGUUCGGACUGUAAUUCGCUUCUUCGGAAAACGGUCCCAAAUUUCUCAACUUUGAAUAGCCCAUUCAAACCCUAAUCUUGAGUUAAUGGGUGUUUCUAUUGAAUCGGAUUCAUCACUUGUUUUCAAAUUCAUAUUGAGGACCAUUGGUUUUUGCGGCUGUCUUGGUUGAAACUGGAGGGAUUAUGUGUUAGUGUUAAUAAUCAUGAUUAAUAGAUAAUUUUGGGACAGAAGUGAAUUUUUGACCUUCUGGUUAGUUUAAAUUUUCAAAUUCUAUUGGUGCUUUUUUGGUGAAAUUACAACCUUUUAGGACUGUAAGAAGAUAGGGUAUUUGUUUGUUUGUUGGUAAAUUUGAUGGGUGGGAUUUGCGUUAAGCCUUCUGGUGGGAGCCCCAGGGAGAGAAGGUCUAGUAAAUUGUCAUCCGAAUCGCGGGUAUUACAGUCGAACUCCAAAAAUCGAGCUGAAGUUCGAACUGGGUCGAUUGACAAGAGAUUGAAUUCUUCUAGAAGAGUGCGGUAUGAUCAAUUUGAGAAGAAGAAAGAGGGUUCUGGAGUCAUUGUUGGUAAUAUUUCGAGUAUUAGAACAAUUCCUAAAGCUAUAGAAGGGGAACAGGUUGCGGCCGGUUGGCCUUCUUGGCUCGCUGAGGCAGCCGGAGAAGCUGUCAGUGGUUGGCUACCUCGUAGAGCAGAUACAUUUGAGAAAUUAGAUAAGAUUGGUCAAGGAACAUAUAGCAAUGUGUACAAGGCUCGUGAUCUAAUAAACAAGAAAAUUGUUGCAUUGAAAAGAGUGCGGUUUGAUAAUAUGGAUUCCGAGAGUGUCAAGUUUAUGGCAAGGGAAAUAGUUAUCUUGCGAAGGCUUGAUCAUCCAAAUAUAAUAAAACUCGAAGGAUUGGUCACUUCACGGACUUCAUGCAGCUUAUACCUUGUUUUGGAGUAUAUGGAACAUGAUCUAACUGGACUUGCAUCACUACCUGGGGUCAAGUUCACAGAACCACAGGUCAAAUGCUACAUGAAACAGCUGCUAAGUGGACUCGAUCAUUGUCAUACUCAAGGUGUCCUGCACCGCGACAUAAAGGGGUCAAAUCUUUUGAUUGAUAAUCAUGGAAUCUUAAAAAUUGCAGACUUUGGGCUGGCAAGUUUCUUUGAUCAUCGGCAAAAUGUGCCAUUGACAAGCCGGGUUGUGACUCUUUGGUAUCGGCCACCAGAACUGCUACUUGGAGCAACUCUUUAUGGAGUUGCUGUGGACUUGUGGAGUGCAGGAUGCAUCCUCGGAGAGUUAUAUGCCGGAAAACCUAUCAUGCCUGGCCGAACAGAGGUUGAGCAACUACAUAGAAUCUUUAAGCUUUGUGGUUCACCAUCCGACGAUUAUUGGACGAAAUCAAAAUUACCACACUCAACAGUCUUCAAACCUGCCCAGCCUUAUGAACGACGUAUGCAAGAAGCUUUUAAGGAUUUUCCUUCACCUGCUAUCCAGCUAAUGGAGACCUUACUUGCGAUAGAUCCUCAACAAAGAGGAACUGCAGCCCUCGUUCUCAAGAGUGAGUUCUUUACAACUAAACCGCAUGCUUGUGAUCCUUCAAGUUUGCCACGAUAUCCUCCUAGCAAAGAAAUUGAUGCCAAAAUGAGAGAUGAAGAAGCUAGAAGACAAAGAGCAGCAGGAGUGAAGGACCAAAAGCUUGACAAGGAAAGCAAAAGACCAAAAGAACCUUGUGCAGUGCCAGCUCCGGAUGCUAAUGCUGAGUUAGUCGCAUCAAUUCAGAGAACGCAGGAGCGUGCAAGAAGCGAGCUGUUGAGCAAGUCCAAGGGUUUUCCUAUCAAGCAACCCGCAAUCUCAACAAAAGAUGCAACUAAAGAUGUGGAACGUCUUCCUCCAAUGAUGGAAUCUUAUUCAGGGCCAUUGGUGGCAGGUGGUGGAUGGACACAAUCACAGAAGAAAUAUGGUGAAAUUUCUUCCCAUCUAACAAAGAGUCAAAUGGGUAAGCAGAUAUCAGAAUCAACCGAAGAAUUUAUGCAUACAAGAAAGCACGAAGAGAGGGAUCUUCCGGCUGGUCCACGUCGUGUAGAAAGUGGAAGAGCUAGUAAUCAAGAACCCAUGAUGGAUGGUGAAGUAUACAAGAUUCAUUUCUCUGGUCCCUUGGUUUCAUCAAAUGUUGAUCGGAUGCUUAAAGAUCAUGAGCGGCAGAUCCAAGAAGCUGGUCGGAGAGCACGUCUUGAGAAGACCAGGCUCAGUAAACUUGCAGUAAGUGCAGUGUAGAUAGCCACGUAAAAGCUCGACGGUCCGUAAUUAGAACUUCGUCAUACCAGUUUUUAACUUUUUUUUUGCUGGAAUUUAAGAGUAGUAUAUUUUAUAUUCUGAAGAGAAGGGUCGAUUGUGUUUGUAAGAAAAUAUAGGAAGCAGUAAGUAUUGGCAUGAUUUUUGAAG